UAUUUUGAAGGGAUUGGGUCUCCCUUUUAUUAUUCUUCCCCUUUUACAUCUCCAAUUGCAGCAAGGAGCAGGGUGGUUCCAUCAACUUCUUUUCAGUCCUGAUUCUCCCCAAAUUGAAACCCUAACCUGGUGCUUCCGAGAAAUUGAAACGCAACCCUUGCCACUCCCACACCAGAGCUUAUUGCUUCUGGCCGUUUCAACACCAUGCUCUCAGCUUUUCCCCUUCACUCACAUCUGACAACUAUUUGGUUUACUAAUGGUGAACAGAGCUCUUGCUUUGCACAAAGGGUGACAAUAUUUGGGUUCUGUACCAGAAGAUUAAAAGUGCAGUGAUGACAUUGGGGUCUAUAUUUAAGGGCUUGUGUUAUAUACAUGUUGUCAAGACCUAUCUGAUCAACCCUUUAGCGACCUUUGGUCCUAGCAUGGUUCCUACAAUCGAUUCGACACCAAGUGUGUUCUUGUCUGAAAAGAUCUCAACCCGAUUUGGUAAAGUUGAUCGUGGAGAUAUUGUAGUCUUGUGCGACCCUCAAAAACCUGCACACUUUCUGACCAAACGUGUGAUUGGAUUGGAGGGUGAUAGGAUUACAUACAGUACCAAUCCAGAGACCAAGGACUUGGUGGAUGAUAAUUUUACACACAUUUCAUAUCCUGAGAACAAUGAUAUGCCUAAGACGGUUGUGGUUCCAAAGGGUAGCGUUUGGGUAGAGGGAGAUAACAAGUAUGACAGCCGUGAUUCUAGAAAAUUUGGUCCUAUUCCUUAUGGUCUUAUUUACGGCAAGAUAUUCUGGAGGAUAUACCCGUUUCAAUAUUUUGGACCUUUCUGGAAUAAAUGAUCUGAAGCAAAGUAUUCAAUCAUGGAAGCUACGAUCUUUUGCAACAUGACUCUGUUUAAAUUUGAAAUGCAAAACCCUAUCUAUUUGGACUCAAUAGUUUAUUACAUAGAAUUGUGCAUUUUACUCACCAAAUAUUCAUAUUCAAAUUGCUACAUUUUGCAUUCUGUUACUCAUAAAUGUGGAUCCAACGGUUGUUAAUCCUAUUGGAAACCUAUUGUCUUUUCGAAGAAGGUUCUUCGACUAAGGAUUUUAUAUUAUAUUUGCCCAGCACAUUGCUUAUAUAUAAAAUGGUUGUUGAUGGAUGAACACUUCUACCCAUCACUUUUUUCUUA